AUGAAGAAGACAAGCAGCAAAAAUCAAGCAUAUGCCUCUAGUCAAGAAGAUAGUGAAAAUGAUAGUGAUGAAACUGAAUGUAGUAUUGGUAGUAAUUCAACAGCUGGUACUCAUCGUAGUGACACACCUACCCGCAGUGCUCGUUACAGAAGAAAAGGACGACGUAGAAGUAAAACGGCAAAAUAUAAACCAUGUACAGAUAAACCUCUUUAUAAAUAUUGCUGCAGUAUUAAAGAAGACCAUGGACAGCCAUUGUUUGGAGUACAAUUUAACCAUCACUUAAAAGAAGGUGAACCAUUAAUAUUUGCUUCUGUGGGAAGCAAUCGAGUAAGCAUUUAUGAAUGUCCACAAGGAGGAAAUAUUAGAUUACGUCAGUGUUAUGCAGAUCCUGAUCCAGAGGAAAAUUUUUAUACUUGUACUUGGACUUAUGAUGAUUCUGGAAAACCUUUACUAGCAGUAGCUGGAUCACGUGGCGUUGUAAGAGUUAUAAGUCCUGUGACUAUGACUUGUAUCAAACAUUAUAUUGGUCAUGGUCAUGCAAUAAAUGAAUUAAAAAUUCAUCCUAAAGAUCCAAACAUAUUGCUUUCAGCAUCAAAAGAUCAUGCUCUUAGACUAUGGAAUAUAAAAACUGAUGUAUGUAUAGCAAUAUUUGGUGGUGUAGAAGGUCAUAGAGAUGAAGUAUUAAGUGCAGACUUUGAUAUGAAAGGAGAACGUAUUAUUUCAUGUGGUAUGGAUCAUGCUUUAAAAUUAUGGUCAUUAGAUAAAUCAGAUAUGCAAGAAGCAAUAAAACAAUCCUAUUAUUGUAAUCCUAGUCGUAAUGGAAGACCUUUUGAUUCAAUACUUCAACAUUUUCCGGAUUUUACUACACGUGAUGUUCAUCGUAAUUAUGUUGAUUGUGUUAAAUGGUAUGGUGAUUUCAUUUUAAGCAAAUCUUGUGAAAAUUGUAUUGUUUGUUGGAAACCAGGACGGCUAGAAGAUUCUCAAUUACGUAAUGGAGAAACAAGUGCAACAGUCUUACAUAGGUUCGAAUUUAAAGAAUGUGACAUAUGGUUUAUCAGAUUCUCAAUGGACUUUUGGCAACGUACAAUAGCAUUAGGAAAUCAAGUGGGUAGAACAUAUGUAUGGGAUUUAGAAGUUGAUGAACCUGGUCAAGCACGCUGUUACUCACUUCAGCAUCCUAGAUGUACUGCACCUAUACGUCAAACUAGUUUAAGCAGAGAUGGUUCAGUUUUAUUAUGUGUUUGUGAUGAUGCUACUGUAUGGAGAUGGAAUCGUGAACAUUAAUAUUUCCAUAAUACAGGGUGAUUCUUUCUCUAUUGUUCCCAAAAGCAAUGUCAUUAAUCAUACAUUUUCAUUUUUGUUACAUACAUAGAGUUUAUAUCACCCUGUACAUAAAGUGGUGCCUUUAUAUUUACAUAAUAUGCUGUAUUUUAAAUGCUUAUUACUGCCUUUAUAUAUACUAUAAAUAGUAAAUUAAAUUUAUAUUAGUGUUUUAUAACUAAUAAUUUUAUAAUUCUAUAAUAAUAAUUUUGAUUCAUAAGUAAUUUAUGAAAAAAUUAAAAUUCACAUAUUUAUAUAUUUUAUUACUAAUUAUAAUAUCCUUUUCAUAAAAAAAUAAGGAAUUAAUUUUUUAUAUAAAAAACAUAUGAAAAGAUUUAACAUAAUUAUUAUGUUAAAUCUUAUAGCACUUAUAGCAACUAUAAAAAAUAUGCAUAAGUCUAAUUUUUUCUACAUAAUAUUUUGUGCACUAGAAUGAUUAUUCCAUAAAAUAAAGUUAUUUUAUAUAUAUAUAUACAUAUAUAUAUAUAUUUUUUAUUUUAUAAUUAAACUUUAAUCUGAACCUAUUUUUCAAAACUAAUUUAUUAUAAUAAAAAAAAUUAAUUUUUUUUUAUAAAUUAAAAUAACUAAAAUGAUGAAUUAAUAAACAGAAAUAACAAUGAUAUAGAAUGAAGCAUUAAAAAAAUCCUUUCUUAUUUAAAAUGAUUUCUAAUUUUUUCUAUAAUUUUUUAUAAUUAAAUUAACUUUGUUCAUGUAAAAAUUUUAUAUAUUAAAAUUAAUUUUUUUUAAUUAUAAUUUUUGUAAUAUUUGUAGCAUAAUAUUUUUCAAUGAUUAAUUUAUCUCAUAAUUUUUAAAAAUAUAUAAAAUUACAAUUAUAAUUUCAUAUUUAUGAUUAGUUAAAAAAAAAAAUGAUGAAAAUUUGGAAAACUAAUUAUAUUUGAAGUUGUAUACUAUUUAUCUAUAAAUAAAAGUCAAUAAGUAUUUUAUAUAAAAUACAUAACCAUUAAAAAAUUAGAUAUUUAUACAUUUCAAAUAUCAUCUUAUUCAAUAAAUAAUGUAAAUUAAUAUGAUUUAAUUAUAAACAUAAGAAAUAUUGUAGAUAGAAAAUUUUGACUUUAUGAAUAAUUAUUUAAUAAUGAAUUAACAA